GCGUUCCUCUCUGCUUCACGUCCCAGUGAGGAGAAGAAGAAGAAGAAGAAGAGCACGCGCACACACACACACACCGAGACGCACGUAUACACUGACUUUCUGCGUUUUGUUCAAACACACACACACCGGAGUGUCAGCACGCCGCGCCCUGAACCGCACGAGCUCCGGUACAUACAGCGCGCGCUCUCUCUCUGGAUACACACACACACACACACACACACACUUUUCCCCUAACCCCGGGUGUUAGAGUCGUCCUUGCUGGGAAACACUCAUAUCUUCACAAGACACUGGUCCCUGCAAAGACGUGGUUUGGCGGAUGUGUGAAUGAAUGUCGUGUCAUCUUUAAAGGGUGCUAGUGAGACAUCCCAGAGGACACGGCCCAGAGACAACAGCUAACCAGACUCGCGUCUCAGAAUCACACUGGCCGUGGCUGAUGGUAUUGGUCACCGGGGUUAAAGCGAGCGCUGGGAUUGGUCGGUGAGCGUGGCUCCUCAGAGCUGUGGGAUGGCCAUCUGACUCGGCGACGCGAAUGACAGGCGUUCGUCCGCAGGUGGGGCCCGCCUCAGUCUCACAUGAUUGGCUGCUGGAUGGAAUUAAGGUGAAUGGAACACAUGCCCAAGGAGCAGGACCUUAACCAAUCAGAGCAAGAGGAGAAACGGUGGCUCAAUGGCCCAAAAAGGAAGAGGAAGAACAGUCAGUGUUCGGUGAAGAGCAUGUCAGGGUACAUCCCGAGUUAUCUAGAGAAGGAUGAGCCGUGUGUGGUGUGUGGAGACAAAGCCACUGGCUACCAUUACCGCUGCAUAACCUGUGAGGGCUGCAAGGGUUUCUUCCGGCGCACCAUCCAGAAGAACCUGCACCCGUCUUAUUCCUGCAAGUACGAUGGCUGCUGCAUCAUCGACAAGAUCACACGCAACCAGUGCCAGCUGUGCCGCUUCAAGAAAUGCAUUGCAGUCGGCAUGGCCAUGGACCUGGUCCUGGAUGAGGCGAAGCGAGUGGCCAAACGGCGUCUCAUCGAGGAGAACCGGGAGAAGAGGAAGAAAGAGGAGAUGGUGAAGACCCUACAGAACCGGCCCGAGCCGACAGUUACGGAGUGGGAGCUGAUCCGCAUCGUCACCGAGGCUCAUCGCCACACUAACGCCCAGGGCUCACACUGGAAACAGAAACGCAAGUUCCUGCCUGAAGACAUCGGCCAGUCUCCUGUAGCCCCCACGUCAGACGGGGACAAGGUCGACCUGGAGGCUUUCAGCGAGUUCACCAAGAUCAUCACGCCAGCCAUCACGCGCGUCGUCGACUUCGCCAAAAAACUGCCCAUGUUUUCAGAGCUGCCUUGUGAGGAUCAGAUCAUCCUGCUGAAGGGCUGCUGUAUGGAGAUCAUGUCUCUGCGAGCGGCCGUGAGGUACGACCCCGAGAGCGACACCCUGACGCUGAGCGGAGAGAUGGCCGUGAAAAGGGAGCAGCUGAAGAACGGCGGUCUGGGCGUGGUCUCCGACGCCAUCUUCGACCUGGGCGUGAGCCUCGCGCAGUUCAACCUGGACGACACGGAGGUGGCGCUGCUGCAGGCCGUGCUGCUCAUGAGCUCAGACCGCUCAGGUUUGACGUGCAUGGAGAAGAUCGAGAAGUGCCAGGAGACGUACCUGCUGGCGUUCGAGCACUACAUCAAUUAUCGCAAGCACAACAUUCCCCACUUCUGGCCCAAGCUGCUGAUGAAGGUGACGGACCUGCGCAUGAUCGGCGCGUGUCACGCCAGCCGCUUCCUGCACAUGAAGGUGGAGUGUCCCACCGAGCUGUUCCCUCCGCUCUUCCUGGAGGUCUUCGAGGACCAGGACGUGUGAGCGCUAGGAAGAACCCGGCAACUUUAUUUAAAAACAAAAUAAUACACCCUUGACCAUCUCCGUCCCACAGUCCUGGUCCCAGUUUGUCCGACUUCCCACGCGUCCAACGCACCAGCAGCAUCAUGGCAGAUUGGCAGAGGCAGGACCUUCUCCGGGGCUUGUGUUCUCCUGCGGCGUUUCACAGAAACACGCCUAUUUAUUCUACAUUUUGCUUUUUACCAAGCGUCUAACCUCUCGCUCUUUUUACGUUUUAUUGUCCGCCGGACCGAUUUACAGGUGGCCCUUCUGUCUCCGCGCUACGUCUUAGACUGAUCUACCUGAACCUGAACCUUAGCAGCUAUGGACACAAAUACACACAUACAAAAUGCAUACACACUUACAUAUAUCUAACCUCAAGUCAAAACACUUCAACUCACACACACACACACACACACACACUACUCCCACACCAGCUACUCAGAGCAGCUCUGUUGCACAGGGUGUGUACAAAAAUCAGGCGCUAUUCUAGCGCUAACGUGGUGUUAGCUAGUGGUCAGGCUAUUUCAGUAGUCGAAGAAUUCAUCCUGGUAGCACUAACGAUGGCCACCAGUGUCUCUGACGUUCUUUUUAUUUUCUUUUUUACACACACAAGGAAGCAGAUCAGCGUAGUAGUAGUAGUAGAGAUGUCGUAGCGCGACUCGAACAGACCUCAUUCCGCUGAUCGUAAUGAGCCGGUGUGCUGGCUGGGAGGAAAAAUGUUCACAACUGAAUCAGGUGCUGGAUUUAAUUAAAAGAAGGAAUUUUCUAAAAGUAUGUACACUCGCCUGGAUAUAUAGAGCACUUCAGAGUGUGUGUGUGUGUGUGUGUGUGUGUUUGUUUGUGGUUCUGCCUGGUGGACCCCUGGGUUUGUAGCGUCACUGGUUAUCUGAGCCAUCAUAUUCGCAUCCGUACUAUAACGAAACUGAAUGCGAACAAAUGCGAACCAAAUACAAGAAGGAAGAACCGGAGUGAACACACACACACACAAACACAGCGUUCACUCAUCCUCAGCAGCUGCUUGGUUAGGGUGCCAAUAUAUAGGACAUAUAGCUAGCUAAAUUUAUUUCCUUUGACUAGGUUCAAACAAACGUGAGCGCACAAUUGUAGUGAACUCUAGUCGAGGCGAUAUAUAAACUAAAGAGGAUGGUGAGAAAUUCACAAACCAUACUGACACUGCUGACAUUUCUACCUCUCAGGUUGUUGUUGUUGUUUUUUUUCUCCAGUGUUCCCGGGGUCAUAGUGGUAGGGUUCAUUUAAAAUAAAUAAAUUAAUUGAAAAAAAUAAAACAGGAAAAGUUUAGGCCACGCUAACUUAAAGUUUCAUUUUAGACGUACAUACAUUUUGAGCACUUAACAGAUCCACAUAGGAAACUGCGUUAUAGCUAUAAAUUAGACAGUUGACUUAAUUGCGUGAGAUUUUAUAAAAAAUUGAUACACUGCGAAAUAAAAUAAAUGUUUGGAUUAGACUGUGCACUUUUGCGUAGUAUAAAAACACAGUCUUAGCCUUUCUAAAUGACUAACCAUACAAAAUACACUUUGGAGAGCUUAAUACACAGAACACUUGUUCUGUAAUGCUAAUGAUAUUUAAACGUUUAAGGUCUAAGGUUCAAGGUUAAGCUUAACACGCUGCAGAAAAGCCUCAUUUUUAUUAAAUGUGAAAAAUAUAUCUUGUUUCAUAACGUUACCAUAAACCGAAUACAAGAUGUUAACCGUUUACUUUUUUUUUUUUUUUUUUUUUCAAUUUGUUGUUUCUUUACCGUUAGCACUUAGCCCCGUUUCGCACAGAAAGGUAGAGUCCCGUUAGCGCUGAACGUUUUGAACAGCUUUAACUUUUUUCGGUAUCUAAUAUCGAGUAACCCACCGCACUUAGUUUAUGCUAAAGCUGUAGUGCGUGAAGAACCGUGAACUGAAUGAUGAGCUGGAAUGGAGACUGAUCAUUAUGUUUUUGGAUCGCAUUAAAGUACAGUGGAGUACGCAACACUGGGCUCAUUCUGGCAUUCAGAAUAUGAUAUAAAAAUAACAAUUUUUAAAAAUAAAUAAAAACACAUUCUGCUUUAUAAUUUAGAAGAAUUCAUUUUCGUCCGUGAUUGGUCAGUUUACCAUAGCUCUGAAAUAGAAGCCAAUCCCGGAACGUUAAGGAGGGACUUAAAUGCAGCUCAGUUUAGAGACUCGUCAAUUAGAAAUAACAGUGAACUGGGCAGACAGUGAGCUCUGGUUUUGGCGAGUGAUGUAAUCGUGCAGGGCUAGCACCUCAACACUCGGUUCAUUUGCUUUUAUUGCUUUGAAAGCAACAGUAUACGCGGUAUAUCCAGCGCUUAUGGUACAUGUCGCACUAGACGCUGAGGCUGUUGUGUUCAACUCCAUGUCCGUACUCUGAGCCCAGAAUGCUACGUGCUGGUUGAAAGCAAACACUGAGGCAGCUUAACACUGAAUUCGUGGGAUCUGUUUGAAUUACACAGCGGAAUAUUGUUGGGGGUUGUUUAUAAGCUUUUCAAUGGUUGAAGGGGCUUUAAUUUUUUUGAAAUAGUUGUUUAAAAUGAACAAAAAUAUUAAAUACGCUAACAAAACAAGACCGGUGCGAUCCUGAAAUUAGUCUCGCAAUUGGUUUAAUUCACUCUAUUGUAAUGCCGUGAUAUGCAAUGCUACUUCAUACGACAUGCAGACUGGAACUAUUCUUGCGUGGAAACGGUCCAAAAUAAACCAGAUCAUUAUUAAGUUUACAUUUUUUUUUUUUUUGCUAGCUCUACUCUUUUUACCUCUUGCCCUUCAAUACCCUCACUUUGUAACCCCGCCCUCGUACCUCGUCCCCAUUCCACCCUGCUCCUGAUGUGUUGUAGAGCAAAGCAAGACAUAAUACAAACUUUAUAUAAACGUUAACGCAAAAAAUAAAUAUCCGUAUUGCUAACUAGCUGACGGCGCUCGGUUCGUUUCCAUAGCAACCAACGUCUCUGUAACUCACGACUAAGGCUUAGAGUUCCUCGCUUACAAACCCGGAAAUAAAUUCAGGCUCGUAUCCUAACCAGGCUAAGUAAAAGCCCUGAAUAGUAUUAUUUUCCUCCCAGACUGACCACACACACACACACACACACAUACACACACCUCAGAAACCUGUAAAGCCUCAUUACUAUAUGCACUAAGGUGCUGUUUCUCCAAAACCAUCUCCAUCUUCUCCCUUGAAACAGACGUCGUUCUAGGUGUGACACACACACACACACACACACACACACACGCACACGAAGUGAUGAGUGUAGACAGGGCAGGCAGGCUAGCGACAUAAUGGACUGACUCUUUUAUGGUAUUGUUGUUUAACUAUGAUUUUUUUUUUUCGUACCUCAGUUCGGGCACACCUCUGGCUGUGGCUCCACAACUGCCUCUGUGCUGACAGGCUCUACCUCACCUCUGAACAGAGAGCAGCUACCUCACAGCCUCCUCCUCCUCUCUCUCUCUCACACACACACAUAUAUACACACACAUACAAACAUACACAGAUUGUGAAAGACACACUGAUGUAUUCUCGAGCGGGAACACAAAGGAAUCCCUGAAUCUAAGACGAACACACUGACUCGGCUCUCCCUCACGUCGGCGCACCACUGUAGACAGGAGGGCCGACCAUUCCUCAUCCUCAUCCUCAUCCUCAGUCCCAUCUUUUUCACUCGAAGCCAGGCUGAGAGGACAACAGAAGACAGUUUCCUGUUAUAAUGAUUUUUUUUGUACUCCUUUUUAUAAAAUAAAAAAAGAAAUAAAAUAAAUAAGCGGGACCAAUCGACCACAUUGGAAGGUUUUUUUUUUUUUUUUGGAAAGUCCCCGUUUCCAUUCCAUUAAAAAUGGACGCCGACUUGAGUGGAAAUUAAAAGCAAGAGAAAGAGGAAAUGUUUUGUCUGUCAAGAGGAAAAGGAAAGAGCAAGUGCUGUCGCUCUAAAAAUCACGCAGCAACCACGGAUUCGCAGGGAGGCAAAAGAUAAUAAUAAAUGAAGAUCCCACGAAUAAUAAUAAAUGAAGAUCCCACGAAGAUCGCCAGGCCGAAACCGCGAAGGCUCGGUCUAACGACAUCAUCAGCAGCACCGCGUUUGGAAUAUUUUCUUUUUAAAAAAAAAAACAUUUUUUAAAAAAAAAAGUCAGCGUAAACGAAAGUGGGCGUAAUCGUGAUUUGUCUCAAAACCACGACAUUUUACUCUCUUCAGAAAGAACCAGUUCCUUUCUUUCUUCAUUAAUUUAUUCAUAUAUAUAUAUAUGCGUGAGAAGCCACGCCUCCUUAGAAACCUCUCAGAAUCAGUAUUACACCGACCGCCACCAUGUUACUACUCCAAACAAAACACAAAAAUGUGGCUCGCACAGUACAGUACACUGUGUGCAACUUUGUUCACCCCACCCGGUGGAUUAGCCCCUCCCCUCGAUCCCUGGCCACGCCCACAUAACCAUCACCUCCAAGUGAAUAUGAACAAGAGAGAUUCAGAGAUCUCCAAGCAAAUCCAGAACAGAGGAUUCGUCUUUUCUUUUCAAGUCGGAUGUAUCCCGGAUAUAUAAUUAUAUAAAAAAAAAUAUAUAUAGAAAGAUAUAAAUAUAAAAUAUCCCACGCCCACUUUCAUCGCUGUUUUUCAUUCGGCCUCAAAAGCAAAAGAAACCAAAUCGCAUGCCGGGCGCGAAUCACCGUGGCGACCAGGGCGUUGCCGAGUUACGUUAUCGGUUUCGGGUCAGCGUGCGUAACAACUGGGGGCGAUGAAGCUGCUCUACCUUUCAAGUGGAAUUUUAUUUGAAAGUUUCAAAAAAACAACAAAAAGGAAC